CAGUUUGCUAUAAUUACACUAUCAUGGAUUGACCUUCCUCAACAUCUUUCUCGAGCCUUCGCCGACGACUUGAAUAUCACCAUUUUCUUCUAAUUGGCGAACAGCAUCUGCAAAGUCAGUGUUCUCUACAGAGAUAGAAGAUUGCUGUGAUAUCUGUUGGAAUAUAUCGUUGUAUUUAAUAUUUGAGCUUCUCGAACUAUCAAUUAGUUGGAUGAUUUCAUUCUUAAGGUCUUGAUUUUGGCGACGUGAUUGAGCAGAGAAACCAGUAUUAAGAAGACUUAUAUCAACCAAACCGGUUGUUGGAUCAGUUGCAGAUCCCUUAACAGCAUCGAUGAUAAGUCUGUUAGCUUCAACUACAUCUGAGAGUUCAACGAAGGGUGAUAACCUCAUACGUGCAUGUGCUUCAGCGAGACGAAUCAUUGAUUCAAGUUGACGAGUUGUUGCUGUUAUUCUCUUCUCGGCACUAUUAGCAUCUUCACCAGUUUUGCGUAAGCGUACGUAACACUUGACUAGUUCUUCACCUGCUUCAGCUGUCAACUCAGGUUGAAUUUUAUUCUUAGCGUAGGUUAUAUACGCAGUGAGUACGUCUAAUGGAAGAAUAUCAGAACCAACUGUCUCUGGUGCGUCUUCAAGAUACAUCGACACCAAAUGUUUGGCUAAUUUUCUAUCAGCGAAUUCAUCAAUAUUGUCCAGAACCAAGUAGAGUAAAUCAAAACGGGAUAUAAGUGUCGGUGGAAGAUCGAUGUUCUUCGUUAUCGGAAGUUUGACAUUAUACUUCGAUUGUACUGGGUUAGCAGCUGCUAAAAUUGAUGUACGAGCGUUGAGUGUGGUAAUUAUACCCGCUUUGGCGAUAGAAACUGUUUGUUGUUCCAUUACUUCGUGAAGAACUGAACGGGUGGCAUCUGACAUCUUGUCAAAUUCAUCUAUACAACAUACACCACCGUCUGAUAAAACGAGUGCACCACUUUCUAACACUAGUUGCUUUGAAUCUGGAUCACGGGUAAUGUAGGCUGUUAAACCAACUGCUGAAGAACCUUUACCAGAUGUGUAGACACCACGUGGUGUUAUCUUGUGAACAUAUUGUAAGAUUUGUGAUUUAGAAGUACCUGGAUCACCAACGAGGAGAACGUUGAUAUCACCACGGAAUCUUGGUCCACCACCGCCACCACCUCUGGCGAUUGACUUGUUUGUACCACCGAACAUCUGAAGAAGAACACCCUUCUUGAUGUCGUCCAUUUCCCAAAUAGAUGGCGCUAAAGACCUCGACAAAACCUCGUAUACAUCCGGUCUUUGAGAAACUUCGAUGAGUUUUUGUUCCAUUUCUUCUGCAAUUGUACCAGCUGGGUUUUCAUCAUUGUUGGCCAUCUCAGCUUCGAGUUCAUCGUCACCACCAACACCAACACCUGCCAAAUUGGUUCUGUCACCUGGUCUUGUCGUUGCAUCAAAGCCCAGUCGGUUUGCGUCUGUACGUUUAACGUGUACGAUAUCCAAGAAAGUUUUGAAAAGUGAUUUUAUAGACCUCUGACGAGGGUUAACACGAACAGGAAGUGAACGGAAUAUACCAGUAACAGUUAUCCUAUCACCAGGUUUUGUGACGUCGACAAGUUCAUCAUAAACGCAAAGUGAAACUGUGUGUGGUGUCUGACCAUCUGGAACAGAAUCUGGAGUCUCUUGUAAUCUUACAAUCUGCUUAUCAGCGAAUUCACAUCUGUUGUGUAUGAGCGACAUUGUACCUUGAUAGUUACAGAUGUCUCUAGGACAUCUUUGAGGUUCUGAAAUUCUACCUCUAUCGAUUUCAACUUGAUGGGUGUGUUGACAAAUUGUGCACUUGAAGAAAGCAUUUUUCAUAUCUGGUAUGACGGAAGUUGCACGGAUGACUAAACCUUUGAUAGAAACUAAUUUGUCUGUAUCUGAUGGAUUCAAUUCACGCAUGUUGACAGAAGGCAAACCGAAUGGACGGACUUUGUAGAUCUUAGACAUAAUUUCACCAAGUUCAUCAUCCCAUGCUUGUUGGCCAAUCCUCUGCUCAUCUCUAUCAGCAUCUUCUUCACCAAGUUCGAGCAUGACAUCUUUAAGUACUUGAUCCAUGAUUGGAAUGAUUUCUUGUGGGUAUUUUUGUAAUUGAGUGUAUAAUUUACGUGAAGGUGGGUAUGAAACUAAGUUGUUCAUAUCCAAAUUAAGGUUAGUUUGACCUGUAAAUCUCAUUUUACGUAAGUAAGAUUCAUAUAACAAAUUCUCUGAGCUAGCUUGAUCGCUAAGUGUAGGUAAUUGAUUACCUUGCUCUCUUUCGUAUGCGCGUCUAUACUUUGUCUUGAAACCUCUCAAGAAAGCUCUGAAGGCAGCCAUAGAAUCAGAAAUCUGUACGUUUGUACCCCAAAUUACUCUCAUCAUACCAUGUUCAUCUGUUUGUGCGUCGGUAUUUGGUACAUUUCCUUGUGAGUAAGUUCUAUCUGAUCUGUGAAUAUCAGAAGUUGGUUGAUUUUGCAAAGUAAUUUGUCUUCUAGAUGACUUGAUAAAACUAGGUGAACUUGGUGGUAGAUUUGAGUGUAUAUCACCGCGUCUUUGAGUUGGUGUAGCUUGUGAACCUCGUGGGGUACCAGCAGAAGAGCUUGGGAAGUUCAUAGGAGAGGAAGAGCGUGGAUUGACAAAUGAACCACCAACAUCUGAGCUUGGUGGUGCAGCUAAGUAGUCUGGAUUAACGCCUGGAGAAGACAGGAACAGUUCAGAGUUUUCUCGCUUCUUAGUUGGUGUAUUGUUGUUAUUAUUAGGUGAGCUAGGGAACAGCAUCGGUGAACUGCUUCUGUUCGACAUUUUCGUAGUUUCUAAUCAACGCGUUCGACAAACGCGAAGGCGCGUAAAGAUAGCGUAAGAUAUUUUUAUAUUUAAAUUUUUAAAAUUGAACUACGAGCUAUUGAAUUAUUCAUUUAUCCCUUACUCUUAGACUACCAUCAUGUCUAGUUCUUACAAAAGAUAUCGUUCAGAUAACGAUUUCAACCAAGAGGCUGGAAGAGAAACUAAAAGAGAGCGUAGUGUCGACAAUCCUAUCAACUACGACGACGAUAACAAAUUUAAAUGGCAGAAGAAGGAAGAAAGGGAUAGGAAACUUGGUUUAUCCGCCCAGGAUGCUGCUAUAAGAGAUCAGAAGCGACGUGCAGAGGCACAAGCAGAGUUAGAAAAGCUCACUCGUAGGAGACAACAAAGGGAGAUCGAGAGGAAAGAGCGAGAAGAUCAGAACACGCGGAGGCAGCGUAUGAACGAAUCAGCACAAACUCAGGAAUGGCUGAAUAAGGAGGAUGAAUUUAUGUUAGAGCAGAAACGCUUGCGAGCUCUUAUGCGGAUAAGAGGUAACAGAGCUCAACCGAUUGACUUUCUUUGUUUGAAUUUGAAGUUCGCACAUCCUGACACGACGCACACCCGCGAUGAUGAGGAGGAAUUAGAAACCGGAUUAGAAGUCGACUUAGAUGAACCCUAUCACAUUUUAGAAAACCUCAACUUAAAUGAGACAAAAGCAUUACAUAAGGAUAUCUGCGAAUUCCUUGACUUGGAGAUAGCAGAAGCUAAUAAGGACUUUUGGCAUUGUAUGCUCGCCGUCUGUCAAGACAAAUUGGAGAGAAUAGCACAGUCAAUGGGAGGCUCUCACGUUGUCGAUGAAGACGUCGAAGAACAAAUAGAGAUGAUCUUGAAAGGCAAGAGUCUACAACAGCUCACCCAAUUACAGCAAUCUAUUCAGAACAAGCUGAGAUCAGAUGAUGCUAUCGACACCGAAUACUGGGAAAACCUCCUCAAAAGCCUAAUGGUAUAUAAAGCCAAAGCUAAGCUUAACGAUAUGCACAAACUCGUUCUCAACAACCGUCUAAGCCAGCUUCGUGAGAGACAAAAACUUGAGGGAGAGAGAAUAGAGUCUGAGCUUACAAAGACAAUGACAGAAGACAAACAAGAGAAACCCACCGUUGCCGACAGUACACCAGCUGAAGAUAUCCUGGCUGAUGAGUAUGACCCAGCAAUGUCGCCUAAACCAACGCACAAGAACCAGCUACCAUACGAAGACAGGCAAAUGCCUCUUAUAUUAAUUGAGAAUGAUGUUAAAAAUCUGAUGGAUCGCCGUCGCCAACUCAAAAAUACCUCCUUUAUUGCAAGGUCAGAACUUCCUCAGAAGCAGGUAGCACUCAGAGCAGAUGAUGUUGGCGCGUCAAUAGCUGAUGUAGAAACUGAAAAUUGGUUUAGAUUACAGGAUCUUCAAACACCACAUAACUACGCUGACGAAUUUGAUAAUGAUGACAUCUUCACAGAAACUCAAGAAGCUGCGAAGGUAACUUACACUUGGAAUGACAAGAACAGGCCAAGGAAGCCAAGAUACUUUAAUAGAGUUCACACGGGGUACGAAUGGAAUAAGUACAAUCAAACACAUUAUGAUUACGAAAAUCCACCACCAAAAGUAGUACAGGGAUACAAGUUCAAUAUAUUUUAUCCAGAUCUCAUUGACAAGACGAAGACACCUACUUACAAAGUCAUAAAAAAUCCAGACAAUAGCGAUAUUUCAACGAUUAUCUUCAUAGCCGGUCCACCAUAUGAAGAUAUCGCGUUUACCAUCGUAAAUAGAGAGUGGGAGCAUUCACAUAAACGUGGUUUCAGAUCAUCGUUUGAUAGAGGAGUGAUGCAAUUAUACUUCAACUUUAAAAAGAUAUUUUAUCGUAAAUAAAAUAUCCUUUCACUUUGUACGAUUAACAUUAUUAUGAGUUCACUCACAG